GCAGCCCAGCGGAGCCACAGCCAGCGUCGGAGCCGGGACUUGGCUCAGACGAACGAGCAGAGGCAGCGCAGCCCUGGGAGGGGGCUGCCCCGGCUCCCUCCCGCAGCCCGGGCCCCCGGAGCCUGGCCUUCAGAGCAGGGAGGCGAAGUCCCAGGUGCAGGGUCCAGGGACCAGCAGCCAAGGACGCCAGGGUCCGGGAGCCAACAGGCUUGUGAACUGACCCAGGAGAGACCAUUUGCAGUUGGGAUGGCUUCCCCUCUCAAAUCCGUGGUGUUCGGUGGAUUCAGACAGACCGAGCCAGGAGGUUUGAGGCUGGGACCCCAAAGACCUGUGUGCAAGGGAAUUGAGCUGAAGCCUGGCAGGGGCUCCUCUCCCUCCACAGAGCCCAGGAUGCCCCUCAACUGCAGUGGCUCCUGAGCUCAUGGAGCCCCCAGCCACCCCAAAGGCCCAGACUGGGGUCCCCACUGCCAGUGGGGAGCCAUCCCAUGUGCCUCCUGACUAUGAAGAUGAGUUUCUCCGUUAUCUGUGGCGUGAUUAUCUGUACCCGAAGCAGUACGAGUGGGUCCUCAUUGCAGCCUAUGUGGCUGUGUUCCUCGUGGCCCUGGUGGGCAACACGCUGGUCUGCCUGGCCGUGUGGCGGAACCACCACAUGAGGACGGUUACCAACUACUUCAUCGUCAACCUGUCCCUGGCUGAUGUGCUGGUGACAGCCAUCUGCCUGCCAGCCAGCCUUCUGGUGGACAUCACUGAGUCCUGGCUCUUCGGGCAUGCUCUCUGCAAGGUCAUCCCCUAUCUACAGGCUGUGUCUGUGUCAGUGGCGGUGCUGACUCUCAGCUUCAUCGCCCUGGACCGCUGGUAUGCCAUCUGCCACCCGCUGUUGUUCAAGAGCACUGCCCGGCGUGCCCGUGGCUCUAUCCUGGGCAUCUGGGCUGUGUCGCUGGCUGUCAUGGUGCCCCAGGCUGCUGUCAUGGAAUGCAACAGUGUGCUGCCCGAGCUAGCCAACCGCACCCGGCUCUUCUCUGUCUGCGAUGAACGCUGGGCUGAUGACCUCUACCCCAAGAUCUACCACAGUUGCUUCUUCAUUGUCACCUACCUGGCCCCGCUGGGCCUCAUGGCCAUGGCCUAUUUCCAGAUCUUCCGUAAGCUCUGGGGUCGUCAGAUCCCGGGCACCACAGCGGCCCUGGUGCGGAACUGGAAGCGGCCCUCGGAGGAGGGGCAGGGCCCGAGCACAGAGCCCCAGCCCCGGGCCCGGGCCUUCCUGGCCGAGGUAAAGCAGAUGAGAGCUCGGAGGAAGACGGCCAAGAUGCUGAUGGUGGUGCUGCUGGUCUUUGCCCUCUGCUACCUGCCCAUCAGUGUCCUCAAUGUCCUCAAGAGGGUGUUUGGGAUGUUCCGCCAGGCCAGUGACCGAGAAGCUGUCUAUGCCUGCUUCACCUUCUCCCACUGGCUGGUGUAUGCUAACAGCGCGGCCAACCCCAUCAUCUACAACUUCCUCAGUGGCAAAUUCCGGGAGCAGUUUAAGGCUGCCUUCUCCUGCUGCCUGCCUGGCCUGGGUCCCUGCGGCUCUCUGAAGGUCCCCAGUCCCCGCUCCUCUGCCAGCCACAAGUCCUUGUCCUUGAAGAGCCAGUGCUCCGUCUCCAAAGUCUCAGAGCAUGUGGUGCUCACCAGCGUCACCACAGUGCUGCCCUGAGGGCUGCCCUGGUGGCCCCAGGAGGUGCAACCUGUUCCCUGCCUGGGCUGCUCCUCUGGCUCCUGGGGUACUCAGCCUCAAUCCUUGGGGAAAGACUGCUGGAUGCAGUGUGAGACCAGGCUCCAGUCUGAUUUUCUGCCUGUUAACUCUGGCCAAGUCACUUCUCUCCCCUGAGUUGUGUCCCCUAAGCAGGGCUGAUAUGAGGACUAAGCAUGGUCAAGAAAGUGGAAAUUCUUUGUCAAGUGUUAAGGACAGGAUUAUUGCUGUAUUCCUCUCACACAGCCAUACCCCAGGAUCGUCCAUCCCCAUCAUCUUUCCAGAGCUUAGCCUUCCUCCUCCCAAAGACCCCUUUUCUACCCAAUUACAGGCCCUCCCUGGAGUCUGCUGGAAGGGUCCCGAGCAUUUCCGUCUGGCCCAGUGGAUCCCUACAGCCCAGGCAGCACCUGGCCCACUGCUCCGAGGCCACGUGAGCUAAUCUAGGCCCAGCCCCACCCUCACCAGGUGCCGAGGGCAUGCACCACAGGCUGGACCCCACUGGCUUUGCAGUGCAAUAGAACACUCUCCAUGUGGCCAUCUGGCAAGGAGGCCAGCAGCCUGAAGCAACUGUAAUUAAAAGC